AUGAAAGGAAUCCUGCUGGUGCUCGCUUACGUCCUCGCUGUCAACGCUUUUCCGAACGAGACGCUUCCAGCGGUUUGGAAGCCUGUUGACGUCUGCCCGUACGCUUUUCAAGUGCCCGCUGUGUACAUUGACAUUUACAAGAACCUUUCUGCUCAUCGGCCCGUUGAAUCACGACUUGUUGGACUGAUUGAAGAGAAGAAGAUGUCGCCUUUAGACAUUAUUGAUGUUGAAGGUGCAACUCCAACGUUUGAUCGAGGACUUUCCGCGUUCGUCGUCCAACUCUGCAUCUUCCUGCUGGCCUACACCCUGAUCCUUCUCGAUGUAGACGAAUGGUUUGUCGACGAACAAAUCGUUCUUUAUCGCCGUGAAGAGGUCCCAACGGCCCCAAUCCGUCAUCGACCAGCCUUUGAGGCAUACGAUGAUGCCUCCGAAUGCUAA